AAAGGCCAGAACUUCAUGCUGGAGGACUCGGCGUUCUGGAUCUUCGGAGGCUCCGUGCACUAUUUCCGGGUGCCCCGGGAGUACUGGAGGGACCGGCUGCUGAAAAUGAAGGCGUGUGGCCUGAACACCUUAACCACCUAUGUUCCGUGGAACCUCCACGAGCCAGAAAGAGGCAAAUUCGACUUCUCUGGGAACCUGGACCUGGAGGCCUUCGUCCUGUUGGCGGCAGAGGUUGGGCUGUGGGUGAUCCUGCGUCCGGGCCCCUACAUCUGCAGUGAGAUUGACCUCGGGGGCCUGCCCAGCUGGUUACUCCAAGACCCCGACAUGAGGCUGAGAACAACUUACAAGGGCUUCACCGAAGCAGUGGACCUUUAUUUUGACCACCUGAUGGUCAGGGUGGUGCCACUCCAGUACAAGCAUGGAGGACCCAUCAUUGCCGUGCAGGUGGAGAAUGAGUAUGGUUCCUACAACAAAGACCCCGCCUACAUGCCUUACGUCAAGAAGGCCUUGGAGGACCGGGGAAUUGUGGAGCUGCUCUUGACCUCAGAUAACAAGGACGGCCUGAUCAAGGGGAUGGUGGAUGGAGUGCUGGCCACCAUCAACUUACAGUCACAGAAAGAGGUGGAGUUGUUAACCGUCUUCCUGCUGAGUGUCCAGGGCCUUCGGCCCAAGAUGGUGAUGGAGUACUGGACGGGCUGGUUUGACUCCUGGGGCGGCCCCCACAACAUCCUGGAUUCCUCAGAGGUUUUGAAAACUGUGUCCGCCAUCAUCGACGCUGGCUCGUCCAUCAACCUGUACAUGUUCCACGGGGGCACCAACUUUGGCUUCAUCAACGGAGCCAUGCACUUCGAGGACUACACGUCUGACGUCACCAGCUACGACUAUGAUGCGGUGCUGACGGAGGCCGGGGACUACACCGCCAAGUACAUGGGGCUCCGGGAGUUCUUCGGCUCCAUCUCAGGGGCCUCUCUUCCUGCCCUGCCUGACCUUCUUCCCAAGAUGGCAUAUACGCCAGUAAUGCCAAGUUUAUACCUGUCCCUGUGGGAUGCCCUGCCCUACCUGGACGGGCCGGUCACCUCAGAGAAGCCAGUCAACAUGGAGAACCUCCCGAUAAACGGGGGGAACGGGCAGUCCUUCGGGUACACGCUCUACGAGACCACCAUCACCUCGUCUGGUGUCCUCAGUGCCUAUGCGCGGGACCGGGGACAGGUGUUUGUGAACACGGUCUCCAUAGGCUUCCUGGACUAUAAGAGGAAGAAGAUUGUCAUCCCCAUGGUCCAGGGGUUCACAACACUGAGGAUCUUGGUGGAGAAUCGCGGGCGCGUCAACUAUGGCACUAACAUUGACGACCAGCGCAAAGGUUUAAUUGGAAAUAUCUAUCUGAACGCGUCUCCCCUGAAAAAAUUCAAAAUCUACAGCCUGGAUAUGAAUAAGAGCUUCUUUCAGAGGUUCAGUGAAGACAAGUGGAACCCUGUCCCUAGCGUGCCUGUGUUCCCUGCUUUCUUCAUGGGGCCCCUGGUGGUCCCCCUCUCCCCCUGCGACACCUUUGUGAAGCUGGAGGGCUGGGAGAAGGGGGUUGUAUUCAUCAACCUCCAAAACCUUGGACGCUACUGGAACAUUGGGCCCCAGGAGACCCUCUACCUCCCAGGUGCCUGGUUGGACCAAGGCCUCAACCAGGUCAUUGUCUUUGAGGAGAAGAUGGCGGGUUCAGUGAUACAGUUCACGGAAACACCCUACCUGGGCCGGCGCCACUACAUGGGCUGA